AUGGAUGCCAUUCAUCUGCCCCGGGAUAUAAUCAUAGUCGGUGCCGGCAUUGCAGGAAUCGCCUGUGCUCUCGCUCUAUCCCACGAAGUUUCUCCUUAUGUGCCCGACCUCAAAAUAAGAAUUUACGAGCGACAUGAUAUCUUAUCUACAUCCGGGGGGGCGAUCAAUCUCACACCCGUCGCGCAACGUCACCUUGCUCAGCUCGGGGUCCUAGAGGAGCUGGACCGCAUGGGCUCCGAAGGGGGAGCAGACGUUGAUGCCAUCUCACUUUACUCUAUACGAUCUGGUCGCUCAAUUGGCUCAAUUGGCUUUGUUGACCAUCAUGGAAAUGGUUAUGGAGGAUUCAAAGGUCGUCGGGUGAUGCGCAUUGUGCUCUCCAUGGCGAUGCUGACACUGGCGGAACGAACCCCGAACAUUGAAUUGAUCUUUGGGAAAAAGGUUGUCGGGGGCGAAGAAACCGAGAGCAACGCUGUUGUUCACUUCAAAGAUGGUACUCAGGCUGUCGGUGACUUGGUGAUCGGCUGCGAUGGAGUUCAUUCUACGGUUCGCACAUCCUGGGUCGACCCAGAUAGUCCAUCCGAAUAUACUGGUAUAUCGUUUUUACAGGCUACCGUGCCAACAGAAAGCAUUUCUUCGCGAAUUCAUUUCCACUCAUCGGCCCUCAAUAUAUCGCGACAUGGCUCAAUGCUAACCAGCUAUUGCGAUCGUGAUCGCGAGCAAAUCUUCGCCGCUGCGACUGUGCAAUUUAGCCAAGAUGACUUGAGUUACUAUCGGAUGGAACCCGGGCAAGACUGGGCAACACAACAUAGAAUCAAGUGUGCACUUCGUCGCGAGAUUCAAGAUCGUUUUUCCAAGACCGCGAUACCUUGCAUUCGGGAGAUAGUCAACAGUGAAGCAGACUGGAUGCUUUACCCUGUUCAUCAAGUACCACCAGGUGGGAGAUGGUCCACAAAUCGUGUGAUUUUGCUGGGCGAUGCAGCACAUGCGGUAUGGCUCAUUCCAGUACUCUACUUUGUUCAUGUAUUAAUCUAUUCUCUCCAGAUGCCCCCAAAGGACGAAUCCGCCGCAUACGCACUGGACGAUGCAAUUCUUUUUGCUCGUAUCCUAGUCCGCUACCGGUCGGAACCACUGUCCGAAGUGUUUGAUGCGUAUGAGAGUAUGCGCCGCGAUACUAUCGAAAAUGCCUUCAAGGAAUCUCACCGUAUGUGGGAUCGCAAUCGUGAUAUGGGUAUGCUAGAAGGUCGCCUUAAGGAGUGGUUGAUGCCGUUCUAUUUACGCAGUAACCGUGACAAGCGCGAAGCUGCGUGGGAGUUUGACGCAGCAAAGAUUACAAUUCCUACACCCGCCCCCAGUGAGGAUUUAGUAUCUUUAAAUUCAUUUCUAAAAGAGCAUACGGCAUGA